UCUUCAGUGCGUCGAAGGAAGCAGAAGAGAUGCACUCCGUCUCUGUGCGCACCAACAUUUUUCCCUCUGGAUAGUUUAAGACAGAAGAGAAAAUAACAGCUGGGAAAAAUGAACAAAAUGGAGGGAACGACAGACCAAAAUGUGACAGCAGCGUCUACAGCCAACAGCCCUGAUUUUCUGGACUCCAACUUUCGCUACAUGCUGUUCUCUGUUGUUUACAGCAUCUUCUUUGUUGUGGGCUUAUUGGCUAAUGUGUUCGUGCUGUCUAUCCUCCAAUGCUUGCAUAAAGUAAAGGGCAUGGGAGAGAUUGACAUAUACAUGACCAACUUGACCAUUGCGGAUCUACUUUUUGUGUGCGCCCUUCCCUUCUGGAUCUCUUACUAUAGCAAUGGAGGCCACUGGAUGUACGAGGAAUUCCUGUGUCGGCUGACGGGUUCAUUCUUUUUCAUCAACACCUAUGGCACCAUCCUCUUUCUGGGAGCCAUCAGUCUGAACAGAUACUGGGCAGUGACUCAGCCACUGAAUGCGGCGGCUUCGAAUAACAGACGUCGCGGGAUCAUUGUGUGUGUUCUGAUCUGGGUGUGCACGGUGUCUUCGGCCAUUCCACACCUGACAUUAGAGGGGGGGCACACUGAUGAAGAUAACCUGACACGAUGCUUUGAAGGCUACCACAAUGAAACGGACACAGUGAAGCGGAAGGUUGCCAUCAAUAAUUUUUUAAUCAUUGGGUUGUUUUUUGUUGUUUUUUUCCUUGUCAUGGUGUGCAACCUCCUCAGUGCUCGAGACUUACUCUCUCAAAAGCUUCCUCAAACAGAGUUACCAUCUGAAAAAUCUAUUCCCGGAAAAUCCAACAAGACCCUGUUGUCACUAGGGAAAAGACUGAGACGGUUGAAACGAAGAGCCUUGAAGAUGCUGCUGGCAGUGGUGGGUGUGUUUCUUCUGUGUUUCCUGCCUCACCAUGUAGUCCAAGCCCCCUGGGUGCUGGCGGUGCUGAAGAUCAAAGAAGGAUGGGGCCAUGUGGACUGGGACCAAAACACCCUUCAAACUUUAAAUGAUGCCCAUCAGAUCACAUUGGUUCUAAUGGGUCUCAACUGCAUUUUAGAUCCUGUGGUCUAUUAUUUUGCCACAAAGAAGUUCAGGUUUUUUAUUAAGGUACACCUGAAGACGGUAGUAAAAAGAGAAUGGCCCUCUAAAACACUGAAAACACAGAUCUCUAUGACCAGCAGAACUCACAGCCAGAGACUGUCCAGUGUUCAACUGUAACCCACCUAAUAACAACCCGACCAAUCGUGGUGGGAGUAGAGAAAUUGGAAUUUAGAUACAUUUGUACACAUUUUCAUGCCGUUAAUAGAAAAACUUGUUGAAUGCUGUAAUUCAGUGCAAAUUAGAGGUCUAGUAUGGAGUUUAAGAUAGUCCCCUGGCAGUCUGUUAAUUAUUACUGUACUGAAUUUCAGUUUCCACAUAUCCACUGAUCUGGUCUCAGUGACAGUAUUGAAUGUGAUUACAUAUUUAUGGAAUUUUGUGAAAUAACUCUUGAUAUUAUCUUAAACUUGAUAAAAGAACUUGUUUCCAUGUGUCACCUUAUGCUCCAAGGCUGGGAAUAACACGGAUAAAGCAUUAUUGUCUCUUACGUAUUUGCAGUUAAAAAUACUCUAGUAUUAAACAUCAAUGUUUUGGAAUACAGAGGCGCUCUAAUACUUUUUCUGUUCUUAAUUUAAUGUUUACAACACUGAUGUUUAAAAAAAUUAUUGAAGGGUAGGUAUUUCUUAACGCCGUAUGAGAGAUUGGCGACAGGUACAGCCAGGGUUUAAUGCACUCUACACUGUGAAGCGUCGUCUAAUGAGUGCUGAAGCAUUUGGCUGAAUAUGAGCAGAUAAUAAUGCCCAAAACACUUCAGAAUUCAUCCUACUGCUUUUGUCAGCAGUCACAUCAUCAAUAAAUACAAGAGAACCAGUUCCAUUAGCAGCCAUACAUGGCCACACCAUGACAUUACCACCACCAUGCUUCACUAAUGAGGUGGGAUGCUUAGGAGCUCCGUUCCUUCUCCAUACUCUUCUCUUUUCAUCACUCUGGUACAAGUUGAUUUUGGUCUCAUCUGUCCAUAUGAGGUUAUUCCAGAACUGUGAAGACUGUUUUAGAUGUCGUUUGGCAAACUGUCAUCUGGACUUCCUGUUUUUGAGGCUCACUAAUGGUUUAUAUCUUGUGGUAAACCCUCUGUACUCACUAUGGUGAAGUCUUCUCUUGAUCGUCGACUUCGACACACAUAUACCUACCUCCUGCAGAGUGUUCUUGAUUUGACCAACUGUUGUGAAGGGUGUUUUCUUCAACAGGGACAGAAUUCUUCGGUUAUCCACCACAGUUGUUUUCCGUGGUCUUCCGGGUCAUUUGGCGUUGCUGAGCUCCCCAAUGCGUUCCUUCUUUUUAACUGUUCCAGUCCUUCUGGACACGCCUAGCAUUAUUGCUAUCUCUCUGAUGGUUUUCUUUUAGUUUUUUCGGCUUGAUGAUGGCUUGCUUCAAUGAUAGUGACAGCUCUUAGGAUCUUAUCUUGAGAGUUGACGGCAAAAGAUUCCAAAUGCAUAUAGCUCACUUAAAAAACUCUGGACCUUUGAUCUGCUCAUAGUUAUUUGGGAUACUGAGGGAAUAACACCCACCUGGCCAUGGAACAGCUGAGAAGCCAAUUGGCCCAUUACUUUUUGUUCCUUAACAAGUGGGAGCCACAAAUGCAAACUGUUGUAAUUCCUAUACCGCUCACCUGAUCUGGAUGGAAAUACCCUCAAAUUAAAACUUAAAGUCAGCAGUUAAAGCAAAUUUUGUUCAUUUCAUUUCAAGUCCUUUGUGGUGGUAAAUUGAGCCAAAAAUGUUAGAAUUGUGUCACUGUCCCAAUAUUUAUGGACCUGACUGUAUAACUUUUGUCUUUCGUAGUAAAAAUGUGGACUCAAAAAAAAAAAAACAGAAUUAAUCUUAUUAUUAUAUUUGGCAAAUUUCAUAUACAUAAAAGCAAAUUC